AUGGCCAACACUACCAUCACUGGUGCGCAAGCCAUCCACGGCCAGAAUCCUCAGUUUCUAGUCGAAACCGUCAUUCGUAAUCGAAUCUACGAAUCCACUUACUGGAAGGAGCACUGUUUUGCACUGACAGCCGAAAGUCUUAUCGACAAGGCUCUUCAAGUCCGCUUUAUAGGAGGCGUUUACGGCAAUCAGAGACCUACCGAAUUUCUCUGCCUUUUGCUCAAACUUUUGCAAAUCCAGCCAGAGAAAGAGAUAUUGGUGGAGUAUCUUCGAGCGGAUGAAUUCAAAUACCUCCGAGCACUCGCUGCCCUAUACAUUCGAAUGACCUUUAGGGCUGUCGAAGUAUACGAUUUGCUCGAACCCCAACUCAAGGAUUACAGGAAAUUACGACAACGAAAUAUGGGAGGCUAUGCCCUCACUUUCAUGGAUGAAUUUGUGUAUGCUCUGCUGGUUGAGGAGAGAGUGUGUGACAUUAUCCUCCCUCGUCUAAUCAAAAGGCAAGUUUUGGAAGAAAACGGUGACAUAGGCCCAAGGAAAAGUAGAUUGCUCGACGCUAUGGAGGGCAAGAGUGAUCGAGGCAGUGAUAAAAGCCGCAGUCAGAGUAGAAGUCGCAGCCGGAGUCGGAGCAAGAGUCGGAGUGCAUCUCCUGCCAGCUCUGGAUAUCUGUCUGCAGGUCAUAGUCGCACUCCCUCUGCAGGCUCUCGAUACGUGUCUCGAUCUCCUUCCGGGUCACGUUCGCCUUCACGCUCUCCAAUUCAUUCAGGUCGCCGUAGCGUUUCACUUGACCGAAUGGACACAGAUAAAUAA